AUGGCACCUCUUGACCCAAAAAAGAGAGCAGCAUCGGACUCCGUAGAUACUCUCAGAUUAAAUGAAGCAACGAGAAAUAUUACUCGUAGAAAAGGGCGACUACAAACGUUUGAAAUUGAAAAAAUUUUCCAAGAUACAAUAAAAGCAAAAAGUAAACAACCAGCUAUGCCUAACUUAAACCGAUCAAGAUCAUCAUCUAUAGCCUCAAACCCAGAUACCGAUAAAGCAGGAACCCAUAACAACGAUGAAUGGAAAGUUCCCAGAAAAACAAGUAAAGUACCUACCCAAGGUAAUGGAGCAGAAAUGGAGACAGAAAAUCCCUACGCAAACCUCCAUGAAACAGAUGGCGCACCUCAACAAACACAAACCGGUGAAAGUCGAAAUCAAACUGGGAAUAACACCCAAACCAACAACAAACCAAAAUCUCGACCUCCCCCAAUUUUUAUAAACAAUACUAAUAUUAAUGAGUCCAUUAAUAAACUCACUAAUGAAAAUAUUGAUAAAAAAUUGUUUACAAUUUAUGUAAACAAAACAAAUCAAACCAUUUUCGCCAAAGACAAUGAUACGUACGACAAGGUUAAAACCGUACUCACUAACAAAGUCGAAUUUUAUACCUUUACAAAAAAAGAAGAUAAAUCAAUAACAAUCCUUCUUAAAAAUGUGGCUGGAAUCUUUGAUGAACAAAGCAUCACAGAAGAGAUCAAAGAACUAAACCUUAACCAAGUGGAAAUAACCAAAGUCAAAAAACUUUCAACAAGAAAAGAGCAAGAAAAAAAACACUUCAUAGUCCAAAUAUCUCCUAGUAGCGUCCUAAAAAAUCUGACAGACAUCAAAAAACUGUGCUGCCAAAAAAUCAAGUGGGAAAAAUUACGCAAGCCCAAAAUAAUCCAAUGCACCAGGUGCCAGAGAGUAGGUCACUCAGCAACAACAUGCGGAAUGAAUUACAGGUGCGUGAAAUGUGGGGAAAGUCAUCCCAAAGAUCAAUGCAAAAUGAGAAAAGAUGAUGACAGAAAAAAUCUUACCUGCGCAAACUGCGGUGAAAAGGGCCACCCAGCCAACUACCAAGGCUGUCCCUACUUAAAACUGGCUAACAAGGAAAAACAGCAAGAAACUCAUAAGCCCCACCAACCAAGAUUUAUAAACAGACCCAGUUCGCAGACCAGUCCAGAGUGGACUCCAAUUCAAUCAAAUUACUGCUAA